AGAGACCGCUGUGAGUGCCGGGGAGGGCGGCAGGGCCGGGGCCGAGCCGGCAGAGCUCGCAGCCCCCGGGGGCAGGACCCACGCCCGAGCGCACACGCUGGCCGGACCCGCCGGCGCGGAACGGAGUGUCUUCCCUCCGUCCUGUGAAUCUUCACCUACGUCCCGUCCUCGCCCCCGGCAGACAGAUUUUCCGCGCGGUACAAGGGCAAGAUGGCGGCCGACGAAGGCUCACAGGACACUUUGAGGCUCCAGUUCAAGGCGAUGCAGGAGCUGCAGCACAGAAGGUUACAGCAGCAGAUGGAGAAAAAGAGGGAAAAGGAAAAGGAAAAGGAAAGCAGAGAUGAUGAUCAAAAAGCAUCUGUGGAGAUCUCUGAUGGCCUCAGCUUUCUCCACACAGAGGAGCAAAACUUGAAAAACAUCUUUGAGCAGAGGGUGCUUGAAGAUGAGAUCCAACAACUUCGGGAGGAGCUCAGAGAAACGGUGGAUGAGAAUGGGCGAUUGUAUAAAUUGCUGAAGGAAAGGGACUUUGAAAUCAAGCACCUCAAAAAGAAAAUGGAAGAGGACAGAUUUGCCUUCACAGGGAGUGUUGGUGUAGCUGGAGAUGUAGUCGCCACCAAAAUUGUGGAACUGUCCAAAAAGAAUCGGGCACUGAUGGCAGAGUCAGAGGUUGGGAAGAUGAAAAUGAAGCAGCUGGCCAAUCGGAUCCAGGAGCUGGAGCAGGAACUGCAGACAGCCCUGUCCAGGCUGCCAGCCAAGGGGUCCACCGAUGCAGGAGCCAAGCCACCAAGGGCCCAGCUGGGAGACAAAACUUUGCCAGAGACCCCAGAGGUGAAGGCCCUGAAGGACAGGCUGGCGACCAUGAACCUGAAGAUGAGUGAUCUGCGCAACCAGGUCCAGUCUGUGAAGCAGGAGCUCCGGAUAACCCAGAAGGUUUUGGCCAGUGAGGUUGGGGAAGAUGUGAACAUCCAGCAGCUCCUGUCCUCUCCUGGGACCUGGAGGGGAAGGGCUCAACAAAUUCUUGUUCUGCAGAGCAAGGUUCGAGAGCUUGAGAAGCAGUUGGGACAGGCCGGGAGUAGGUCUGCUGCAGCAGCCAGUGAUGAGCUAUCUAUCUUCCCAAACCCAAAGAAACUGUCGGCACAGGAGAAAAACCUCCUGAGGAUCCGCAACCUGGAAAGGGAAAAACAGGAAGGCUGGGAGAAACUUGCUGGGGAGCGGGAUACCCUCCAAAAGGAGCUGGAAGAAUUGAGAAAGAAGUCUGAGGGUGUGAAGUCUCGAAACAAGGUGCUGUCGAGUGAAGUGAAGACCCUCAGGAGCCAGAUGGGGACCCUGGUGGAGAAGGGCAGACAUGAUGAUGAGCUCAUUGAUGCCCUCAUGGACCAACUGAAGCAGCUACAGGAGAUUUUGGGCAGUCUGAAUCUACAGGAGGAAAAGAUGCGCACAUCCCAGCACCAACUGGACCAGAAGCUCAACAGCGAGGCCCAACAGAGCAGCAGCCUUGUGGCCCAGCUGCAGGCCAUGGUGGCCGAGCGUGAGGCCAAAGUGCGGCAGCUGGAAUUGGAGAUCGGGCAACUUGGUGUGCAGUAUCUUCAGAAUAAAGGAGUGGGUGAGGAGUCCAGCGGGCCUGAGGUCCUCCCAGUCCACAACAGGCUCCUAGAGGACCAAGGUCUGGCCAAGUCUCCAGCCUCAGCAAGCAAUCACGUCAGCAGGCUGGGAUCUUCUCGCUCUGUGAGCAGCCUGGGCCACACGCUGGUGGAAUCUGCUCUCACCAGGCCUUCCCUGUCCAGUCCCCACAGGACCUUAUCCAGUCCCAGGUGCUUGGACUCCCCAGAACAAAAAGGCUGGCAAGCACAAGUGACAGAGAUCAAGGCCCUCUGGCAGGCCACCGAGGUGGAGCGAGACCGGCUCACUGAGUUUGUCACUGUCCUACAGAAACGGUUGGAGGAGAGCAACAGCAAGUUCCUGGAGGCGGAGAGGAGGCUGCAGGAGGAACGGCACCACACAGUAAUGCUGGAGCAACAUCUGGAGAAGAUGCGCCUUGAGCCUGGCAGGGCAUCGACCUCGCAGAAAGCAGCCCCCAAAAAUAAACCAGGAAGUGAGAAAAAGGACUCGUCUUCUGCCCAGCUCUCCAGUGUACCCAUGGAAUCCCAGAUGGAGGAGCUGACCACCAGGCUAGCCAUCCAGAUGGAGGAGAACGAAAUGCUGAAAGCCGCCCUGGGCGAUGCCCUGCGGGGAAAGGAGGAGGACUUCCGUAUAUACCACGAGACCCUGGGCCAGGUGAAAGGGGUCUUUCUGCAGGCCCUGCGGCAGCAGAAAGCUGACAAGCACUAGGACGCCGCCCUGUGUCAGCCAGGCCAGUCGGGCAGCGCAGGUCUUGAGAGGAUGGGGCUGUCUGAGGACUGCGUCCGCUCCAGGAAGCCAGCGGGGCAACAGCUCAGCUCUUCUCACAAAAGCAGCUCCUUCAGAAUGACCAGAGCCCACACCUCAAGCCAGGAGGGCGGAGAAGCCAUGGCAGAACAUGUGCAGGAACGCCAGGCAGACGUGGCUGUGACAGGGGAGGAGGCCCAGUAGUCCAACGAAUCAGUCAGAGCUCUGGGACCAGCCAACUGAACGGACAGAGGCGGUCCCCUGAGCAGGUGCUCAUGGCCCUUGUCCUAGGGCCUGACCUGGGGCCUGCAUGCCCACAGGCUCCAUAUACACAGGAGAGCCCUGGUGCCCUGGGCUGGGCACAUCGCCAGGCCCCCUGACCCUACCGGCCCUCCUCACUAGGCAUCCCCCUGCCCUGCCCUGGCUUCGUCUGUGGCCCUCCCCCUCCACAGAGGAGGGCAGCACACUCCCAGCCUCUUUGUCAGCCUGCUGCCCAGAUGCCGAGCUUGGACUUGGAAUAACAAUUGUUAUUUUCAUAACUGCAGCAGCUCCCAGUGAGCGGGCAUCUCCCAUGGAAACCUGACCCUGCCCCAUCCUCUAAUCACACAGGGGAUUGCCACCCUAUUUCACAGAUGAGGAAAAUGGGGCUCGCAGGACUGAAGCUAUUAUUUCACUGCGGUCAACCUAACUCCAAAACCAGAGUCCGCAGUUGAGCUGCUCCCCAGGGCAGAGGUGCCCAUCCCGCUGCUGGGCAGCUCUGCCCCUCACUGGUUGCUCCCGAGGGCACGUCCUGCUGCUCUCCCAGAGAGCUGUGUGGGUGGGCACUGGUGGCAGAGCAGGGGUGGGGCUGAGCUGGAGCUUUGGGAAGAAGGGUUUUGAUGAGGUGGGUGAAGACAUGGUGCAGUGCAUCUCCCUCACCAUGGUGAGCUGGGAGGGCUGCUGCAGGGGGACCCUGGAGCCCCCCAUCUUCUCUGGGACUAUCACAGCAUCAUCCUCUUGGUUACAGUUGCAGUCAGAGGGUGGGCUGGCUCCAGGGAGGGUGAGUAGCCUAUAGCUACACACACCACCCCAGACACACCGCCACACAGGUGCACACGCACACUGACACCCAGGCGCAGGAGCACGUAGCUCUGUGCACACGUAGACCUGCCUGCAAGCACAGGUGAGCACAGUGGGUGUGGAUGCAGACAGUCCCCACAUGAGACACGGUCGUGUGUAGCUUGUGCAGUGACACAAGCGCAGGAGCACAUACUACGACCAUUCCUCUCCCUCCUCCCCCUGGAAGUCCUGAGACCCCGUCUGCUCAGGCCCUCAGGCUGGAGGGAUUCAGUGCUGGUCCCACUGAGGGAGCCCCCAACCCUCCAAGGGCAGCAAGGUCUAGAGCUCCCACAGCAGAGUGGCACAAAGCCCAUGGGAAUGAAGUGGCAAUUCUGAUGGGUCCUAAAGGCUUCUGGAAAGGAAGACUUUCUCUCUGCUUCCUUGUGAAGGGUAAUGGCCAGGCAGAGAGCCAGAGAGGAGCAAGAGGGCCUGUGCUGGGAGGCGACAGUGAGUGACAGUGAGGAGUGGACCAAAUGCAGAGUGUGAACACCAGGUCAAGCAACUGGCACUUUCCUCAGGCCCUGGGGAGGCCCUGAGGGUGACCUGAGCAUGUGGGGACACAGGCUCCAGUCCUCAGCAGAGUUUCUGGGAGAAAAGGAGACAUAGGACCAUCCAUCCUCCCCCAGGCUCCUGUCAGAGAAGGGCAGGCAUGGUGUGACCUCCUUGAGCCUCCAUGUUAUCUAUAAAAUGGGGACAGUCAUAGAAACCUCCCUUAAGGGCUGUUAAGAGGUAUCAAAGAAUAACCCGGACAGCUAAUUAUUACAUUGCUGUUUACCGCUAUACAAGGAACAUGUAUCUAUAGGUUGAUUUCAUCCCACUGCAAUAAAAAUAGAAAAGCUGCUGCCAGGCGGACACAGCAAUCUGGUUACACAUUUUCAGGUAAACUGAUUAGUUGGCAUCUUUCAGGGUCAGUCUGGGCAUAGUUCAGUCCCUACUUAGGUCAACUAUGGAUAUCAAAUCUCCUUUAUACAAUUUUCAAAUUCUAUAGGCAACCUUGAGCAUUUUUUGUUUUUAUACUGAGGAUUGACCCCAGGGGUGCUCUACCACCGAGCCACAUCCCCAGCCCUUUUUAUUUUUUUAUUUUGAGAGUCUUGCUCAGUUGCUGAAGCUGGCCUUGAACUUGGAAUCCUCCUGCCUCAGCUUCCUGGGCCACUGAGCUUACAGUUGUGCACCACCUCUUCUGGCUCAGCCUUGGGAGUUUUACCAUGGGGCUGUGUGCCAGGGCUUUGUCACUUCCACUGGGGCCUGCACCCGGCACCUUCAGCAUAGUUAGACCAGAUUCGCUGCAUUCCCUCAUCACAACCCUCUUUAGGAAUUAAAAGCAUCAAGUGCUUGGAGCAGCUGCUGGCAUACAGUAAGCACUCCAUAAGCUUUAGCUCUUAAUAUCCCUCCAUUAGUUUAGUAAAUAUCUAUUGCGCAGUUCCUCUGCCCCAGGUAUGAAGGUGCUCAGAUAAGUCAGACAUGGCCCCCAACUCCAGGAACUCUCAGGCCCGUUGGGAGACAGACUCUUUUCAGGUCACCAUCCAUUCAGCUGACCCAUCACCAGGCAGGGAGUGCCAACUGCAUUCAGCCCCACCAGACCAGGGGGCGGGGGACUUGCUUCUUUCUGGGAGCUCCCUGUCCCAUCAGAGAGGUGUGGGAAAUGGGGCCAUGAGGAGGCUGCGGUGGGGAAGGAUGCAGAGACAGGCUGUGGCACCAGAGAGCCCCCGACCCCUAAUCCCUGCUGCAGCUCCCAGGUAGGGGUGUAGGGAGGGAGAGGGGAGGCCCAGGACAGUUUGUCAAGAGGUCAAGGACUGGACCCUGAUGGAUCUAACCCAGGUGGCAGUGGAGAGGUGGGAGGCCUGGUGUAUCCAGGUUAGUGCCCUCAGCCCCUCCUGGGCAGCACCACCUGUCCUCAGAACCUGAGGAGGGCUUCCCCAUCCCUCAGGUAUGUGGGCUGAGUGAGAGAACUCCCGAGGCCCUGCCCAGGGCCACAGGCAUGGAGGAGGCAGGUUCCCUGGAGGGCCAAGGGACAGGGGAAGAAAAAAGGCAGGCGGUGUAUGGACCUCACAUGAUGAUCCCCGGCCACACCUUAGGCAGGUGAUGUGGUUCUGGGUGCUCAGGUUCCGGCACUAACAGGGGAGACCUGGUUGAGGCAUGGAUGUGGUUUGGCCGCUGUCCCCUGGGGGCCUCUGCAGCACAAUGUUGCAGACUGGCUAUGGCUAACUGAAACACAUUCCAUGGCCACUGGGUUCCUUCCCUGCUCCCAGGUGGCCUCCAGCCAGCGUGCUCCUUCGAGCCCCCCCACAUCCAGAGGUCAGAACCAGCCUCUUCCCCCUGCCCAGAAUGAGCCCUCAGGCAGCCCUUAGCACAAGGAAGUCUCCACCUGCCCACCCCCUCUCCACAUGUGUACCUUCACACUUGCUGAGUCACCUAUAGUCCCCAAACCUUGUAUAUACAUGCAUAUACACCCAUAUAACACAUCAACUCAGACACCCCCAGCACAUGCACACACCCACAACACACAGGCACACACAACACACAAAAAACAAUAAGCACGUCAUACACAACAUACUGCAAAGUGUAUACACACAGACCCUAUGCAGAGCCAAUACAAAACAACUGCAUACACACACACACACACACACACACACACACACGAGUCUUGCCACAUUUUACUUUGAGCACAAACAAAAAAUUGAGAGGUGAAAAGGGACUCAGAUUUGAGAGAAUUGACCUCUCACUGCACAUCUUUCCUAGUGCACCUUGUGGAAUUUGGGAAACUGGUCCUUGUGUUGAUCUCAGCCCAAUCAGCUUCCUGCCCCUUGUUUUGUGGGCAGACCAAGCCAAGGACCCCCCAUCCUACACUCCACCCACAGGGUGGAGCUGGCCUCAGGCUGGUCUAUGGGACCUCCCUAAGCCUCUACCCUUCUUGCCAUUCCCCACAGGCCAAACUCCCAGCAGGUGUUGUAAUGUGGGGUCACUGGGGAAAAUCUCUGCUGAGUGGGCCCUGCCUCUCUGGGCCUCUGGAGUCAGGGGGCUGUGGCUCCUUCAUAGUCUCUCUUUAUGAGCAGUGAGUCAAGCCCUUGUCAUGGGGUGAGUCUGAAUCCCCCCAAGAACCCAGUAGGGUCAACCCAGCUGUGCACCCAUUUUACAUACGAGGACAUGAGGCCCAGAGCGCACAGCAGCAGGCUGGAGCUCUGGCUCCCGUCAGUCGGCUGAGCUGGUGUUCUCCACCCAGGGCAAACCACCCUGUCUGCUUCCCUCAGCCAUUCUCUUGGAGCCUCCUGAGGCUGCCAGGUGGAGAACUGGCCCAGGCUGGUCCUGCCCAGCAGCAGGCGUGGGUGAGCUUGGUUCUCAACCUGAAGGACAGUCAGCUCCAGAAGCUUAUGGGGUUGACUCAGCCCCCUCCACCCGUGCCUCAGUCACUUAACCACCUUGUGCCUCAGUUUCCUCUUCUGCCAGCUGGAUAAUGAUAACCCUUUCCCUACAGAUUG